AUCUAUUCAGUUGACGAUGAUGAGAAAUCUCUGUCCAGUCUGGAGAUUAUCGUGCCACGUGACUUAGCAGAUGGGUUCGUCAAUAAUAAACAAGAGAGCUACAAGUUCAAAUUUCAAAAAAUUUUUGAUCAAGAGGCAAAACAAGAUGUGGUUUUUGACAACAUUGCCAAACCAGUAGCCGAAUGCGUUUUGUCAGGAUAUAAUGGUACUAUCUUUGCAUAUGGUCAGACAGGGAGUGGCAAAACUUUUACCAUCACAGGAGGAGCAGAACGUUACAGUGAUCGAGGUAUCAUCCCCAGGACUCUAUCAUAUAUUUUUGAUCAAUUGCAGAAGGAUAGCAGUAAAGUGUAUACAACUCAUGUUUCCUACUUAGAAAUCUACAAUGAAUGUGGUUAUGAUCUGCUGUACCCAAGACAUGAGGCCUCCAGAUUGGAAGAUUUGCCAAAAGUGACAGUAAUGGAAGACCCUGAACAGAACAUUCAUCUGAAAAACUUGUCUCUUCAGCAAGCAACCAAUGAAGAGGAAGCCUUAAACUUACUCUUCCUGGGAGACACCAACAGAAUGAUUGCUGAGACUCCGAUGAACCAAGCCUCAACCCGAUCUCACUGCAUUUUCACUAUUCACAUCUCCAGCAAGGAACCUGGAUCUGCAACUAUCCGGCACUCGAAGUUACACUUAGUAGACCUUGCUGGAUCAGAGCGUGUUGCAAAGACUGGAGUUGGAGGUCACUUAUUGACAGAAGCUAAAUACAUCAACCUGUCAUUACAUUAUUUGGAACAGGUAAUAAUUGCCCUUGCAGAGAAAAACCGAUCCCACAUUCCUUACCGAAACUCCAUGAUGACCUCAGUGCUAAGAGACAGCCUAGGAGGAAACUGCAUGACUACCAUGAUAGCAACGCUGUCUGUAGACAAAAGAAAUAUAGAUGAAUCUAUAUCAACCUGCAGAUUUGCACAGCGAGUUGCUCUUAUUAAGAAUGAAGCAGUUCUUAAUGAAGAAAUUGACCCCAGAUUGAUGAUUGUCCAGCUGAAAAAGGAGAUCCAGGAGUUGAAGGAUGAGCUGGCGCUGGUGACUGGCAAACAAAGGACGUCAGAGCUUUCACAAGAAGAGCUGCUUCAGUUGGAUGAGUUAAUUGAAACAUUUCUUGAAGAUAAUGAUCCUGAUAGCACUCUGGAUGUUGAUGCUGACAUGCGCAAGAUCAAGUAUUGCUUCACUCACAUGAAGCAUCUAGUGAAUCAUUCGAAGAUUUCUGAUAAAAAACUGCUCUCACAAUGCAACUCUGAAGAAAAUGAUACUAUCAAAGAAGCAGAAGAAGAAUUGAAAACAUUGAAAGAACUUCUGCAGCAAAGAGACAAUGAAAUCAAUAUUCUGGUGAACAUGCUAAAAAAAGAAAAAAAGAAAGCGCAAGAUGCUCUUUUCAAGUUUAAUGUUGCCUCUGCUGGUUCUAAACUCUUGGAGCAGUCUCUUUCUAUAAACUUUGAAGAAUGUAAGAGCCCAUCUAGCUGUUUUAGCCGCCUGAAUGAGGCAAAAGAUUUCAAGUCUUCCAUUCACAGACUCCCUUUUCUUUCCAGACAAACAGGAGGAAAGAUGUCACUUGGAUGUCAGGAAGCUUUUGAAGUUUUCAAGAGGGACCAUGCUGACAGUAUAACCAUUGAGGACAACAAACAUCAUCUAAAACAGAGGUUUGCUGAAGCUAAAUGCCUUGGUGAAAAAUUGAAUGAAGUGAGAAAUAAAAUAAACCAUCUGAAAGGAGUAAUAACCCAGAGGCACAUUCAGAGGGCAGCUCUAGCUGUUUCCAGUCCUUCUGAAGAGCUAAAUACACUUGAUCCAGUAGAAGAGGAACUUAGAAUGCAAAUUGAAGCAGAAAAAAAAAGUUAUAAAACAAUGUUCAAUCGCUUGAAAGGGCUGAAGGUAGAGAUUGAGCACCUGCAGCUUCUUAUGGAAAAAGUGAAGGUGAAGCUGCAAAAAGACUUUGAAACCUGGUGGUCUGAAGAGGCAACAAAUGGACAAGUCCAGCAGGAAGAGCCAGAGAUGGUUAGCUCACCAAAUACUGCGACUGUUUAUCCCCAGUUUAUCAAAUCCUCACAGCAUCUAUCAACUAACAGUUUUUCAGAGAGCACAACAGUCAGUCCUAGUGAAGAUCCAGCUGGGAAAAACAGUUCAGUCACUUCUAGUAACCCAACUUCGAAAAAAAGGACCUUACCAAGUUCAAGUACAUCUAUUCCUCUGACUGGAGACAGCCAGGCUGAUGCUGACAUCCUAGCUUUCAUUAAAGCAAGACAGAACAUCCUGCAAAAGAAAGGUUUGGGGAACAAAUGA